CCUGAGCCAUCAGCGCUUUGGGAGCAGGUGGAACCCGGGCUGUAGCCCAGUCGGCGGAUCUGAGUGGGACUUCACAGGGACCAUGGAGCUGCUCAAGCUGAACCGCAGUAUGCAGGGAUCCGGACCCGGGCCGGGGUCCUCCUCAUUAUGCCGCCCGGGUGUCCCCCUCCUCAACAGCAGCAGCUCUAGCAACCUCAGCUGCGAGCCCCCUCGCCUCCGCGGAACCGGGACCAGAGAAUUGGAGCUGGCCAUUAGAGUCACCCUUUAUGCGGUGAUCUUUCUGAUGAGUGUUGGAGGAAAUGUGCUCAUCAUCGUGGUCCUGGGACUGAGCCGGCGCCUGAGAACUGUCACCAAUGCCUUCCUGCUCUCCCUGGCAGUCAGUGACCUCCUGCUGGCUGUGGCUUGCAUGCCCUUCACACUCCUGCCCAACCUCAUGGGCACAUUCAUCUUCGGCACAGUCAUCUGCAAGGCUGUUUCCUACCUCAUGGGGGUGUCAGUGAGUGUGUCCACGCUAAAUCUUGUGGCCAUAGCCUUGGAGCGGUACAGCGCCAUCUGCAGACCACUGCAAGCACGGGUGUGGCAGACACGCUCCCACGCAGCGCGGGUGAUCUUAGCCACAUGGCUACUGUCUGGACUACUUAUGAUCCCUUAUCCUGUGUACACCGCAGUGCAGCCAGUGGGGCCUCGAGUGCUGCAGUGCGUGCAUCGCUGGCCCAGUGCUCGUGUCCGCCAGACCUGGUCAGUGCUGCUGCUAAUACUUUUGUUCUUCGUCCCGGGUGUGGUUAUGGCGGUGGCCUACGGGCUCAUCUCUCGCGAGCUCUACCUUGGGCUUCGCUUUGAUGGUGACGACAGUGAGACCCAAAGCCGGGUCCGAAACCAAGGAGGCCUGCCGGGUGGUGGGGCAGCACCAGGGUCUGCCCACCAGAACGGGGCUUGCCGGCCUGAGACUAGCCUCCCUGGGGAAGACAGUGAUGGCUGCUACGUGCAACUUCCGCGUUCCCGACUGGAGAUGACAGCGCUGACCACGCCCACUCCUGGGCCAGGGCCAGGCCCUCGGCCCAACCAGGCCAAGCUGCUGGCUAAGAAGCGGGUGGUGCGAAUGCUGCUGGUGAUUGUUGUGCUUUUCUUUCUGUGUUGGCUGCCAGUGUACAGCGCCAACACGUGGCGCGCCUUCGAUGGUCCAGGGGCACACCGAGCACUCUCAGGGGCCCCCAUCUCUUUCAUCCACUUGCUGAGCUAUGCCUCUGCCUGUGUCAACCCCCUGGUCUACUGUUUCAUGCACCGCCGCUUUCGCCAGGCCUGCCUGGAUACAUGUGGCCGCUGUUGCCCACGGCCUCCACGAGCUCGCCCCCGGCCUCUUCCGGAUGAGGAUCCUCCUACCCCUUCCAUUGCUUCACUGUCCCGGCUAAGCUAUACCACCAUCAGCACACUGGGGCCUGGCUGAGAGGUUGAGUGAGUGGAGAAUGAGACAGGACACAUGAUCCCUAUAAACCGACCCAUCCAAACACAAAAGAAACACACCAGGACUAAUCCAGGAGGACACCCAACAGCAUGGAUAGACCCCUCCACACAGAAAAUGUUAUCUUCGCUGUUCCACCUGAAAGAGACAGGAGUCUCACACAGGAAAGGAGGCACAUUUCUGAUAUGGGACUGAGUCCCACCCUAGACACCUGGCACUGACCCCACUGGAUAGACAAGCACAAUGUCUGUAGCAGUGAAUUUUCCCUACACGAGGAGAGCUCUGACAAGGGCUGACUGGCUCCUCACAUUAAUGGCACUAUUCUAUAGUCCCCAUAGCCUAGUGCAAGACUGACUUAGGACACUGCAGACUGUCCUCAGUUUGACCUCAUCAUUUCCUUCCUCACCCAGCAUUGAAAAUAUUAGUAGGCCUAAUCACACACACCUUCCCAACAUACGGACCUUCCAGCAAAGAAAAGUCCCGUCAUCUCUUUCCAUUAGGGACUGUAGCCCUGCCCCUCUUCCUUCAG